CUCGCGAACUGUUGGUGCGGGAAUUUGACGCCGCCGCCGACGUAGUACGAUUGACGGUUGGGGCGGCUUAUGUGUGAGCUCGCGUGCAGGACAAGGCGCGUGCACGUUGGACGUUAACCGGACGGGACCACUCCGACGGGCCGACAGUCGCACGCCGUGAGUGCCAUCGGACGCAUCUCGGGGAAAAAGUGAAACGCGCAGCUCAUCUCAGUGUGAUUGGAAGUGUGUGCUUUUGUGGUCGAAUCCGUACGCGUGUGAAUCUCGUGACACGAGUGUGGCCGUGCAACAGUUAAGUGACACGACAUCGCUCGAAAUAUCCACCAUGCACGAUAAGCUGCUGCUAGUGGUUGGUGCGUGCUGUGCGCUGGCCUAUCUUCAGGUGGCCAGGACGGAGCUGAGUGAUUAUGAAAUCGAUUACGAUGAGGAGGGCUUUUGGAUUGGCCACGGGCUAGGCAACCGCAAGGAAGGUGACGAAAUCCUGAAGGUGCUGCACAAAACGGUGGGCCCGUUCGUCGAGCCGCAAAACGUUACCGUCGUGGAGAAGUUCACUGCAGCGGACGGUGAAAGUAUUACGUUUACACAGUUCAACUCAUCUAAGGUGCUAACGUACUUCCACGAGGUGGUCCUGGACUUCAAUCCGAAAAACUUCUACAUCCGGCUGAAGCUGUUCAACAUUACCAGCUUACGGCUCCAGCGAACGGUGUACGGGUUUCGAUCGAACGCCAUCAAACCGGAUGUGAGCUAGAAACGCGCCUCCCUUAAUGCGUACGCCAUAAUGCACCGCUACCCGGUAGGAUUGGGCAGAGCUGUUUUGCUGUAUUAAGUUAACUGUUGGUAUUGUAGAGACUAAGCUAGUGCAUAAGGAAUAAAACCAAAAAUCUCUUACAUCACUCACAUUA